ACAUUUCCCUACAGCACCAGCGUGAAUUAACCAGUGACCAACAUGGCGGCCGUUGGAACGUUCUCUAGAGUUGCCAGACUGAGUUUAUGCAUUGGCAGAAGAUGUCGUUUAAUAUCGAACAGCGAAAAGAGACGAGGAAUAGCGUCAUGCGUUGACCCUGCUCAUGGCCUCAGUGAUGAACAGAAAGAGUUUCAGAAGAUGGCCUUUGACUUCGCAGCAAAUGAAAUGUCUCCACACAUGGCUGAGUGGGAUGAAAAGGAAAUCUUCCCGGUGGAGACCUUGCGUAAGGCUGCCCAGCUGGGGUUUGGGGGAAUCUAUGUACAGCCGGAGGUGGGGGGAUCUGGUCUGUCUCGUCUGGACACCUCACUCAUCUUUGAGGCCUUAUCGACAGGCUGCGUUAGCACCACAGCCUACCUCAGCAUUCACAACAUGUGUAACUGGAUGAUUGACACCUUCGGCAACACUGAACAGAGGGAGAAGUACUGCCCUGAGCUUUGUACGAUGGACAAGUUUGCCUCUUAUUGUCUGACUGAGCCAGGCAGUGGCAGUGAUGCUGCUUCGUUACUCACUACUGCAAAGUUGGAAGGAGACCAUUAUGUCCUCAAUGGGUCCAAGGCCUUCAUCAGUGGAGGAGGAGACACAGACGUGUACAUAGUAAUGUGUCGGACGGGUGGGAAAGGUCCCAAGGGGAUCUCCUGUGUGGUGGUGGAGAAAGACACUCCAGGACUCAGCUUUGGCAAGAAGGAGAAGAAGGUGGGAUGGAACUCUCAGCCAACCAGAGCAGUGAUCUUAGAGGACUGCCAUGUCCCAGUGACCAGUCGGCUGGGUCAGGAGGGACAGGGCUUUAACAUCGCUAUGAGAGGCCUGAAUGGAGGCAGGAUCAAUAUUGCAUCUUGUUCUCUUGGGGCGGCCCAUGCAUGUGUACAGCUGGCGAGAGAUCACCUGUUAGUACGCAAGCAGUUUGGAGAGACCCUCUCAAGCAACCAGUUCCUGCAGUUUAAGUUGGCAGAGAUGGCCACCAAGCUAGUGGCGUCGCGUCUGUUGGUGCGUGAGGCUGCACUGGCACUGCAGGAGGGCAGGUCUGACGCUGUGUCCCUCUGCUCCAUGGCCAAACUCUUUGUCACUGACGAGUGCUUCAACAUCUGUAACCAGGCACUCCAGAUGCAUGGUGGAUACGGUUACCUGAAAGACUACGCUGUUCAGCAGUUUGUCCGGGACAUCAGAGUACACCAGAUACUGGAGGGAACAAAUGAAGUGAUGCGGAUGAUAAUUGCCAGAAGUUUACUGUCAGAGUCUGGAUAAAUAUGCCAUGGGCUGGCCAAAACUGGACUUUCUCCUGUCUUGAAGGGAUGGUGUGGUGGCAGGCUUCUUGUUGUUUGACUGUAUCCCUCAAGUGUCUUGAACCCCACUUUUUAUAGGGGGAAAACUAUAAUUAGGUCCUUUCCUGUUUGUGGAAUAACAGCUGCUCAUUGAGGGAUAUGGAAGUGGAACCAUAUUAGAUAUGUCGUAUUUUGUGGAUCAGUAUUGGGGUGAAGGUUUUUGGUUAUCUAUAUCAGAUGAUUAGUUCGAUGACAUCACAGCCUCUCCUGCACAUUCAGUUAUGAAAACCAAACGUUGCCACCAUGUUUCAGUUUAAUCAUAAAACACAAUUAAAUGUAUCAUCUAGGUGGGUUGGAUGACAGGUUUUAUAAAAUAUUUGGUACUGCAUUAUAAGAAUCAUGUUUUAAAAGGUACAAUGCAGCUGUAUCUCUAUCAAAUAAUUUCUGGAUAACAAUGAUGUUGCAAAUUUUUUAUUGAAAACAAUGACCAAUUUCUCAAACAGCUCUUACACUAAAUGGCCAUUAUAAUUUCACAGUAUUCCAACCUCAAAACACAGGAACUCACGAUUGACUGCACUAGACCUUUAGCCGUUAAGGGAAGAAUAUUUAAAACCCAGAUCUCAGUCAUUGACAAAUUAUACGUUCCAGCUACCUAAUUGAGAUUAGUGAUAUAUUCUCUGUGUACAUAAAUGUCAUAAAACCACAAA